AUGUAUAUCCCCUAUAUCCCCUUUCUCUCACUCGGCGAACUCGCCUCUCUCUUCCAACCCAAGCCUUCUCGCCAACACCGCGAAGCCUUCCGCCACACACGCCUCCGCAACACGGGAAUCCGACGCUUGUUCAGCCGCACGUCGUGGCGCGUACGAGCACGAUAG